AUGACGCUGGCUCCCUCCACCACGCUCUGCCCCUCCUGCUUGCCUCUUUCCAACUUGAUUCGACUGACCCCAGGGGCUCAGAGUAUUGUCACUUGUGGCCUGAUCCCUGCAUUGGUGUGGAAGCUGCAGAGGGAGGAGGAAAACAUCCAGGAGCUCAUCCUGGACACACUAGCAUCCUGCUUGCAGGAAGAUGCCUCAGAGGCACUGAACAGCCGCGCUGUACCCUGCUUCAAAGAAAAACUCCUUAGUCCUAAUGAAAACAUCCGAAGCAAGGCUGCUCGAGCACUCAUGGCCAUUAGCAUCCCUUUGGAGGGCAAGAUCCAGGUGUGGAAGUGUGAUGUCAUCCCCAUCCUGGUGCAUCGGCUAAGAGACAAGAACAUGGAGGUGAAGGCCAAUGCUGCUGGGGCCCUGAUGUAUGCUACAGUGACCACAGAAGGGAAGUAUGCAGCACUGGACGCAGAUGCCAUCACCCUACUUCUGGAGCUGCUGAACUCAGGAUUUAGCACCAAAGUGCGCCUGAAUGCCACCAAGGCCCUUACCAUGCUGGCGGAGGCCCCCGAGGGCCGGAAGUUGCUACAGAGUCAUAUACCAGUCUUCCACAAUCUGGAGAAAGAGAAGAAUGAGAGCAUACAGCGGGCAGCCAGGAUUGCCCUUAAAGUGAUUGAGUGGAAACCCUGAUGAGCCCUACACCAGGCCACAUUUGCUAAGUGGCCUCCAUU